AUGUCCACCAACCCCCACGAAUUUGGCGACCCUAAUCGACAGGGACAGUAUCCACCGCCUCCCCAGUGGAACUCUAGUCAGCCUGAGGAUAAUCCAGCUCCAGCUCACUAUCCGCCAGCAUCUCAAUACCCUUAUCCUCCGGCCUCCUAUCCUCCCGCAGACCACCCGUAUCCGCAUCCACCACCACCCCCGUCACAGUUCCCGCCUACCUCCCACAUGGCCACCAUCCACCCUCAUGUGCAAGGUGCUCAGGACCCUUACAGACUCCCUCCUCCUCCUGGCGCCUAUCGCCCUCCGGAUGUCUACGCUCAGCCAGCUCCUCCACCGCAGCCUCAAGUCGUAUACCAAGCCGCAGCUCCUAGACAGCGGACCGCUAUUGCCUGUCGUUACUGCCGCAGACGCAAGAUUCGAUGCUCGGGAUUCGAAAGUUCUCAGGAUGGACGCUGCAGCAACUGUAUCCGUUUCAACCAAGAGUGCAUGUUCACUCCCGUUUCGUCCCAGGCACAGGCAUUUGUACCGGCACACGCGGCCUAUCCUCAUCUCAGAAACCCUCAAAACGGCCGCGCUGGUCCUCCAGUGAUGCUCUAUGGAGCCCACGGCCAGCCUUUGCCGCCUCAGCAGCAGCCUCAGCCCCCUGCUGAUACUACCCUUCCGCCGCCUCAAGGAAUGUACCAACAUCCGUACGGAACCGCACCGCCACCCCUUGCAUCCGCUGUGCCCGCAGAUCACAGACCUACCGGCCGCCGCGGCUCUGGCUCCGGCUUCGAGUAUCCUGACCCGACCAACCUUGCGCCGGUAACCCCAGCAACAUCAGCGCCUGCCUAUCAGGCGCACCCCGCUCCCAGUCCUUACUACCCCCCUCCGCCGGGGCAUGAUCGGCGUCCCUCGCCGCAAUCUGCCUACCCGUACGAUAGCCGUCACUCCUCUUCCCCACACAGCUCACCAUAUCCUCCUCUACACACCGCUCCAACUGCGAUGACUCCUCCACCGACCUCAACUCCUGGAGGUUCGGUCAGUUCGUCUCGAGGUGGUCUGAAUGUUCGUGAUAUGUUGAACCCCGGUGACAGCCAGGGUCGUUCCAGCACCGAUAGCGAUAUGCUAAAUGCGCUGAAUCGUCGGGGCCUCAACCAGUAA